AUGGAGCCUGUCCCCGGGUCAGCUCUGUCGCUCCGGCACGGGUGCAGGUGUGUGCCUGAUGAGGGAGUGACUGUGGAAGACCUGCUCGUAGUCAUCGGGGAACAGCUCGGCUUUGAAAACAUCGUGUCCGCGUCACGAAUGUACAAAGCGAUUGUAGUGUUUUUAAAAUCUGAAGCACUUGUGAAUCAGUUGACUGUGAGCGGAGUAUGGGUGAAAGAAUCAUUUGUUCCAGUCACGCCGUUAUCCGCUCCAGAAACAAAAAUCACCGUCUCUAACGUCCCGCCGUUUAUCUCGAAUGACGCGAUCAUCAAAGAACUAGGGAGAUUCGAACCUGUGGAAAAUACUACUAAUGAUGAUAAUAAUGCAGGAGGUAGUUCUAAUGUAGAACCUGUGGAAAAUGUUAUUGAUGAUGAUAACAAAAUUGGUGGUGGUUCUAAUGAAGAAUCUGUGCUAAAUAUAACUGAUGGUAAGAUGGCUGAAGGGAUGGAUGAGAUAGGAGGUUUAGAGGAGAACCUCACAGAUGGGUCAGAGGCGAUGUCACAGAUGACUGAUGAUGGUGAACAGUGGUCAGAUAUACAAAGAGAUGAUGCUCAAGAUCUGUAUACUGUGGAUGAGAUUAAUGCUUUUCUGGAUGAGACAAAAGGAAAAUCUGGGUUGGUAGAUGUGGUAGAUAAUGAGGUUCAAGAAGUCAAGGAAUUGGUAGAAGAAAAUGAGGCCCAAGGAGCUGAGGAAGUUGUAGAAUUAAUGGAAGAAAAUGACAGUCGAACUGAUAGUGUGAUCUUGAAUGAUGAAAAACUAGAAACAGUUGUAAAAAAUAGUGAAGAUGUGGAAAACUUUAGGCCUACAACAAGUGGAGAAAGCGGUGCUGGAAAAGAUGAAAUUGAAGAUAACUGUAAUGAAGAAAUGAGAGAUGAGGAUGUACUUUCUGAGAUCUCAGACAUUGGGACCAGAUUUAUAUCGCUGUUGUCCGUGGAAGGGAAGAUCUUUUUCAAGAUAAUGUCCCAACGUCUAAUGGAAUAUCUCCUGAAAAAUGGUUACAUUGAUACCUCAGUGCAGAAGGGGGGAGUCCCAGGUGUACCGGGAUGCCUGGAACACACUGGAGUGGUAACCCAGCUGAUCAGGGAGGCAAGGGAAAGUAGAGGAGACUUGGCAACACUCUGGCUGGACCUCACAAAUGCCUAUGGAUCCAUUCCUCACAAGCUUGUCGAAAUUGCACUGACAAGACAUCAUGUGCCAGAGAAUAUCACCAACCUCAUUUUGGAUUAUUACAACAACUUCCUACUGAGGGUAACAUCGGGAUCGUCAACAUCUGCCUGGCAACGUCUGGAGAAGGGCAUUAUAACAGGCUGUACCAUCUCAGUGCCACUCUUCUCCCUUGCUAUGAACAUGAUUGUGAAAUCAGCAGAGGUGGAGUGUAGAGGACCUUUAUCAAAAUCUGGCACUCGGCAACCCCCCAUAAGAGCUUUUAUGGAUGACCUCACGGUGACGACAACCUCUGUUCCCGGCUGCAGAUGGCUACUCCAGGGGCUAGAAAGACUUGUCUCUUGGGCGAGGAUGAGCUUUAAGCCUGCCAAAUCCAGGUCUCUGGUCCUGAAGAAAGGCAAAGUGGUUGACCGGUUUCGCUUUGCCAUAGGAGGGACACCAAUUCCAUCGGUGACGGAAAAAUCUGUCAAGAGCCUGGGCAAGGUUUUUAACAGCUCCCUAAGAGACACAGAUGCACUACAACAAACUAGGGCCGAUUUGACAACAUGGCUUGCAGCAAUUGACAAGUCGGGGCUACCAGGAAAAUUUAAAACCUGGAUCUAUCAACAUGGAGUUCUACCAAGGAUUCUUUGGCCCCUGCUUGUCUAUGAGACGCCCAUAUCCACUGUGGAGAAGCUCGAACGUACCAUCAGCCAGUUCCUCCGGAGGUGGCUUGGGCUCCCUCGAUCCCUCAGCAGCAUUGCCCUGUAUGGCCAUUCCACCAUGCUGCAGCUUCCCAUCAGCGGCCUGUCAGAAGAGUUCAAGGUCACACGCGCUAGAGAGUUGAUGAUGUACCGGGACUCCUCUGACAAAAAGGUUGCUUCGGCAGGAAUCCUGGUGAAAACCGGAAGAAAGUGGAAGGCACAGGAAGCCGUCAACAGAGCUGAGGCACGGCUGCAGCAUAGCGUCCUGGUUGGUAAUUCUGCAGUGGGCCGAGCAGGACUAGGCAGCUUUCCCAAACCCCGCUAUGACAAGGCUAGAGGAAGGGAGAAACGCCAAAUGGUGCAGGACGAGGUAAGAGCAGAGGUGGAAGAAGAUCGUAGGAUCAAGAUGGUGGCCAUGUACCAGCAAGGCGCCUGGACAAGGUGGGAGCACGCCGAACAGCGUAAAGUCACCUGGUCAGAGCUCUGGAGACGCGAACCCCAGCACAUCAAGUUCCUUAUACAAUCUGUGUACGAUGUUCUUCCAAGUCCAACCAAUUUGCUGUGUUGGGGCUUAUCAGACACCGCUGCAUGUCAGCUAUGUAACAAGAGAGGCACACUGGAGCACAUCCUUAGCUGCUGUCCGAAGGCCUUGAGUGAAGGGCGGUACCGCUGGCGUCAUGAUCAGGUACUCAGGGCUCUGGCAGACAUAGUCAGCACGGCAAUUAUUAACUGUAAAUACCAGCACACCCCCAAGAAGUCCAUCACCUUCGUUAGAGCUGGGGAGAAGGCACAACAACGGCAAAGUCCACCUAGAGGGCUUCUCAACACUGCUCAAGACUGGAAACUCCAAGUCGACCUGGGGAGACAGCUCAAGUUCCCAGAAUACAUCUUGUCCACUUCAUUGCGCCCAGACAUGGUGAUAACAUCUGACGCAUCAAAGCAAGUGGUCCUGGUCGAGCUCACUGUCCCCUGGGAAGACAGAAUGGAGGAGGCCCACGAGCGUAAGAGGGCCAAAUAUGCCGAGAUAGUGGUGGAAUGCCGUAACAAAGGCUGGAAAGCUCGUUGCGAGCCAGUUGAGGUUGGGUGUCGGGGCUUUGCGGGUCAAUCUUUACCCCGCACUCUUAAACUUCUUGGAGUAAAAGGGCAGCUGUGCAGAAGAGCCAUCAAAACCAUCAUAGAGGCUGCUGAGAAGGCCUCAAGAUGGUUAUGGAUCCAGAGGGGGGAUCCGUGGAGUAGUGGGCAACUUGGACACAAGUCGGGGGCUGAUCACCCCCGGCUGGGUCGCCCGAGCGAGGGUGUUUGA